UUUUUAUUCAGUGAUUUAGUGCUCAGGAUCAUGCUCUUGAUAUCAAUUUAUAAUCACUAACCUAGAGAUAAAUUAUUGAAGAAAAACAACUAAAAGUAAAAAAAGUCGCGACGUAAUUAAUAAACUGUUGAAAAAAAAACUAUUCAAACUUGAUCAAUUGUUGAAAAAAAAAAAAUAAAUAAAUAAAUCAUGCGUUUGUUAAUAAAGUCAAUAAACUCUCAACUUCUGCCGGUAUUUCGUCAGCGCAUAACUUUAAAUAGAACGUAUUCAAAUUUAUCAAUAAUAAAAAAACCUGGAGCUGCAGCUCGAAGAAACGUAAAUUGGCUGGAGGUUAAAAGUAAAACUGAAGGAACUUUUAUCAGUAAUUACAAAAGAAUAAGAUGUAUGACAGUUCUUCGUGAGUUUUCGACCAAGAAACCAGCUGAUGAUGAUCCUCCUCUUGAAGUAGAAGCUGAACCAACGGUCGAAGGAUACCCGGCAACGUUACCAGCAACAGUUGUCGUACCUGAAGUCUGGCCGCACGUUCCAGUGAUAGCGAUAAGUCGCCAUCCAGUAUUUCCGCGUUUUAUAAAACUUAUUGAGUUGACUAAUCCGAUAUUAAUAGACUUGAUACGCCGUAAAGUCAAAUUAAAUCAACCAUACGUUGGAAUAUUUUUAAAGAAAAAUGAAGAAAAUGAAUCAGAGAUUGUAAAUAGUAUAGAUGAUGUGUAUCCUAUCGGUACGUUUGCUCAGAUCCAUGAAAUCCAAGAUCUGGGUGAUAAAUUACGUCUGGUGAUAAUGUCACAUCGUAGAAUUAAAAUAGUCAGCCAGAUGAUCGAAGACAUCAGUGAAAAACCAGCCCAAGAUAUGAAACUGACGUUUCCACUAUUUAAUACAUCAAUUAACGUCUCCGUAGACGAGCCGGUUGCUGACUCAAAACGUUCAAGACGUUUUGUGAGGAGCAAAAGAAAUGAUCCGAAAAGUGACGAGCCUGCUCGGGAAAUAUCUCAAGUUGAACAAGACAACGUAGCUGCCGAAACUGAUACCAAAGUUCCAGCUACUCCUGUUCCUACUCCAGUUACUCCCAGUGCUGAGGUUGAAGCUGCGGUUGAAGCAACUCCAGUCCAAGCGGUUCCGAUUGACGGAUCUCCGCAGCCACUUUUGAUGGCUGAAGUUGUCAAUGUCACUCAUGAAAAGUUCCGUCAAACAGAAGAAAUUAAAGCACUGACGCAAGAAAUAAUAAAAACAAUUCGCGAUAUAAUUAGCAUGAAUCCGAUAUAUCGGGAAUCGUUGAACCAAAUGCUGCAUCAAGGAACGCGUGUUGUUGAUAAUCCGGUUUAUUUAAGUGACUUGGGAGCAGCACUAACUGGAGCUGAAGCUAAAGAAUUGCAGGAAGUUCUUGAAGAAUUAGAUAUUUCCAAACGACUGCGGUUGUCUUUGGCCCUUUUGAAAAAAGAGUACGAACUGAGUAAGCUCCAACAAAAAAUAGGCCGCGAGGUUGAAGAAAAAGUAAAGCAGCAGCACCGCAAGUACAUUCUACAUGAGCAACUGAAAGUGAUUAAAAAAGAACUGGGUCUUGAGAAAGACGACAAGGAUGCGAUUGAAGAAAAAUAUAGAGAGCGGAUCCGCCAGAAAGUCGUUCCCAAACCGGUGAUGGAUGUCAUCGAAGAGGAAUUGACCAAAUUGAGUUUCCUAGAGAAUCACAGCAGCGAGUUCAAUGUUACGCGUAAUUAUUUAGACUGGCUGACAUCCUUGCCGUGGGGUGUCACCAGCCCGGAGAACUUGAAGAUCCAGGAAGCUUCGGAUAUUCUCGAAGAAGAUCAUUAUGGAAUGGAGGACAUUAAGAAACGUAUUUUGGAGUUUAUUGCCGUGAGUCAGCUGAAGGGAACGACGCAGGGUAAAAUUUUGUGUUUCCACGGCCCUCCGGGUGUAGGAAAGACUUCGAUCGCGCGGUCGAUAGCUCGGGCGUUGAACCGCGAGUAUUUCAGGUUCAGCGUCGGUGGGAUGACUGACGUGGCGGAAAUAAAAGGACACAGACGUACUUAUGUGGGCGCAAUGCCUGGCAAAAUAAUUCAGUGUCUCAAGAAAACUAAAACUGAAAAUCCUCUGGUGCUUAUUGACGAAGUCGACAAAAUCGGGAAAGGCUACCAAGGAGAUCCAGCUUCAGCGUUACUGGAGAUGUUGGAUCCAGAGCAGAACGCAAAUUUCCUUGAUCAUUACUUAGAUGUUCCGGUUGAUCUGUCAAAAGUUUUGUUUAUUUGCACCGCGAAUAUAACGGACACUAUUCCUGAGCCACUGAGAGAUCGUAUGGAGAUGAUUGACAUGUCUGGUUAUGUUGCUGAAGAAAAACUAGCUAUUGCUAAACAAUAUUUGAUACCCCAGGCUAUGAAAGACUCGGGACUCACUGCCGAGCAAAUAGAUAUAGAGGAAUCAGCUUUGUCGACUCUUAUCAAAGCUUACUGCCGCGAAUCAGGAGUCAGGAAUCUUCAGAAGCACAUCGAGAAGGUGUCAAGAAAGGUUGCGUUUAAAGUUGUCAAGCAGGAAGCUGAACACAUUGAUGUCACUAAAGAUAAUUUAAGUGACUUUGUGGGCAAACCCGUUUUCACACACGACAGGAUGUAUGACAUCACACCGCCUGGUGUCAUAAUGGGUCUAGCUUGGACUGCAAUGGGCGGGUCGACUCUAUUUAUCGAGACAUCCAUCAGCAAACCCUUCACUGCCAAAAAAUACGAAGGCUCUCUAGAACUGACCGGACACCUCGGGGACGUGAUGAAAGAAUCGGUCAGAAUUGCUUUGACAGUCGCCCGCAACUUUGUUAAAAAAAUAGACCAAGAAAAUACAAUCUUAUACGACGCGCACCUGCAUCUCCAUGUACCUGAAGGUGCCACUCCCAAGGAUGGGCCCAGCGCUGGAGUGACCAUUGCCACGGCUCUGAUUUCCCUCGCCCGAGGACAGCCCAUCAGACAGGACGUAGCGAUGACAGGGGAGUUGAGUCUCAUGGGCAAAGUGUUGCCCGUUGGUGGAAUCAAGGAGAAGACAAUCGCGGCCAAGAGAGCCGGAGUCAAGUGCAUAAUUCUACCGGAGGAAAACAAAAAAGACUUUGAUGAUCUUGCCAAGUACAUUACCGACGGACUAGAAGUACAUUUUGCCAGCACCUAUCAAGAUGUCUACAAAGUUUGCUUCGAUGACAGCCAGCAGUUUAAUCCAGUGAAAGACUCAACGGGAAUCGAUUAUCAUGUGACGCCUCAAGCUGCCUCCAUUCAUGGAAAAAAUGCGUAGUGACUAUUUUUUUAAUAAAGACUCUAACAAUUAUAUUUUUAAACAAACGUUGAUGCAAUUUAUCAGAUUUUUAAGUAAAUUAUUAAUUAUUUAGAUUAAAAAUAUAGAGAUUGUAUACAUUCCUAUGAGUAAUUACGGUCUAAAUUAAUUUCCGGUUGAUAACAAAUAAAAUAAGAGCUUGAUGACGAAUUGCAUC